AUGGCCGAGCGAGGAAUUCCUGUGGAAGUGUUGGAUCCCAAGGUCGUCUUCCCUCCCAAGAUCAGCGGCUUGAGACAGGACAACGCAGGACAACCCAAGUCUGACAUCAUGUUCCCUCCGCUGCCGAAUUUCAACAGUCCUCCCUUGUCGUCUUCGCCCACCAGCGCUGCGUCGCGUGCGGCUACGAAUGCCCUCGACAGGGCCUUGAGUAACGCAUCGAAGAAGCUGUUCGGUGGGAACAGGUUACCGACGUCUCAGGACUAUUCGUCGUCCACUUCUUCUCCGCGGCAGCAGGAGAUCAUCUCGGCGCGAAGUCCUGACGAUGGUGGCGUACGCGACCCUCUGGAGGAGAUGAUCCUGUCACAGUUCGAUGAUCUCGUGCAGAAAGACGGAUGUUCUGACUAG